AUGGCUCAACGUCAUCGUGAUUUACCGGGACCAAGUAAUGAACGAAGAAUUAAAUUUUUGUCGAGAAAUAAAGCAAAAACAAUGGAACAAAAUGAAAAGCGACUAAAAUUUAUCAGUACACAUGGCAGCUUAACGAUGCGAAGCUUUGAAACUGGCCAAGUAUCGGAUGUUGAGGUGACAAUGAAACCAUUUAAAGAUCCUUCACGAUCAAUGUCACCCCUAAAACAACUGAAAACAUAUUCGUUCCGUUCAAUGCCUUCAGAGGAAAGUAUACUUUCAGAAAUUCAGCAAGAAUUAAUUCGACAAUCUUGGCAAACGAUAAGUGCAAAAUUGGAAGUUAAUGAGCAAAAUUUUGGAUUUUUUGUUUAUCGACGAGUUUUUGAGCAUAAUCCAUUACUGAAACGUGCUUUUCAUGUGGAGGAGUACGACUUGCUCGAUUCAAUACCUAGGGAACAUUCCAUUUUUCGACAAAUGCGAUUGUUCACCAAUUUAAUAGCACUUGCAGUACGUCAUGAUAAUGAACUUGAAACAGAAAUUGCACCAGCAGUUUUUCGCUAUGGACAACGGCAUUAUAAAUUUGCAGCAGAAUAUUUUAAUGAAGGGACGGUGCGAUUAUUUUGUAGCCAAGUGGUGUGUGCGGUGGCGGACCUUUUAGAGGUUGACAUCGAUCCAGCUUGCAUGGAAGCAUGGAUUGAUAUGAUGCGUUUUAUUGGAUGUAGGCUAUUGGAUGGUUUCAAUUAUAUUCGACUUUCCAGCAAUAAAAAACUUUCUAUUAACACUGCCGAUCAUAUUUUCUAUGUUUUAUAA